GCAAAGCGGCCCUUAUUCUGUGGAUUUACAUAAAAGCUCCCAUCAGCCGGCCCACUCAUUACCAUGUUUUAUAUUCCCCCGCUCUCAGAAAGCAUCAUGGCAAAGUAGCUCCAUCCCUCCCCUUCAACAGGGAAGUGAAGCAGCUUCUCGGAGCAGGUGUCAGCAGCCGAAAACCAGAGAGGGAGAAAGGAACUUUAUUUUGACUUUCCUUUUGGUCUUUUCCCCACGAUCCUCCCUUUCAACCCUCGGCUCCAGCGCGCACACAGUAGGCCUAUGUGGUGUUUUUAAUGUUCUUUAAAAUGGUGUCGAAACUGACAUCCUUGCAGCAGGAGCUCCUUAACGCCCUGCUGGACUCAGGAGUUACCAAAGAUGUUCUGAUCCAGGCCUUAGACGACCUGGACCCCAGCCCGCCGAACUUUGGAGUAAAACUGGAGAACUUGCCCAUGUCGCCUCAGAGCGGCAAGAUGAACGGAGGGGACGCAGAUACGAAGCCCGUUUUCCUCACGCUCACCAACGGCCACAGCAAGGGCAAGCUUUCCGGCGACGAGGGCUCCGAGGACGGGGACGACUACGACACCCCGCCGAUACUAAAGGAACUCCAAUCGCUCAACACGGAGGAGGCCGCGGAGCAGAGGGCGGAGGUGGAGCGCAUGUUGGCAGAGGAUCCAUGGCGUGCUGCCCGCAUGAUCAAAGGUUACAUGCAGCAGCACAACAUCCCCCAACGCGAGGUGGUGGACAUCACAGGGCUGAACCAGUCUCACCUUUCCCAGCACCUCAACAAAGGAACGCCCAUGAAAACACAGAAGCGAGCGGCCCUUUACACCUGGUAUGUCAGGAAACAGCGGGAAAUUCUACGACAGUUCAACCAGGCAGCUCAUGGUCCUGGCAGCAGUAUGGCUGACAAAGGAAAUCCAGAUCAGGGUUAUUAUUUUGCAGAGUUCAAUCCAUCCGGUCAGAGCAUGGGUCAGCCCGGCGAAGAGGUGGGCAUCGAACCCUCCUGUAAGAAAAUGAGGCGCAACCGCUUCAAAUGGGGGCCUGCGUCCCAGCAAAUCCUGUACCAGGCCUACGAGCGGCAGAAGAACCCCAGCAAGGAGGAGCGGGAGGCUUUGGUGGAGGAGUGUAACAGAGCUGAGUGUCUUCAGAGAGGUGUCUCCCCCUCCAAAGCUCAAGGCCUCGGCUCUAAUCUGGUCACGGAAGUGCGAGUCUACAACUGGUUCGCCAACCGGCGUAAAGAGGAAGCCUUCAGGCAGAAGUUGGCCAUGGAUGCAAUCACUGCUCCGAGCCACGGCAUCAACCCUCUGCUCUCUCAUGGCUCACCGCAUCAUCCCCAGGCCAGCGCUUCACCUCCAAUGAGAUACGUGCAAGUUCCCAGUGAGGUCACCUCCUCCUCGGCCAUCAGUCACCACAGUAGCAACGCAAUGGUGACCAGCCAGUCAGUGCUCCAGCAGGUGUCUCCGGGAGGACUGGACCACAGCCACAGUCUGCUGUCACCCGACGCCAAGAUGAUUUCAGGUUCAGGUGGAGGACUUCCUCCGGUCAGCACACUCACAAACAUCCACAGUUCCCAUCACAGCCAUCAGCAGACACAGAACCUCAUCAUGCCUCUGUCUGGAGUCAUGGCCAUAGCACAAAGUUUAAACACAUCGCAGUCUCAAACGGUGCCAGUGAUCAACAGCGUGGCGGGAAGUCUUGCAGCGCUCCAGCCGGUGCCGUUUUCCCAGCAGCUCCACAGCCCUCAUCAGCAGAGCCUGAUGCAGCAGAGUCCGAGCCACAUGAGCCAGCAGCCGUUCAUGGCCUCCGUCACACACUCACACAUGUAUCCGCACAAACAAGAACCCCCGCAAUAUUCCCACCCGUCACGUUUCUCCUCAGCCAUGGUGGUCACAGACGCCAACAGCCCCCUCAGCUCCAUAUCCUCGAGCAAGACGGACGCUCCUGUAAACAAGAUGGUGCAACUUGGGGGUCUCUCCUGGUGUCCUCUUCAAGCUUGGUGAGAGCGUCCACCUGACUUCCUCGGUGCCCGGCAACCAGAGCGCAUUUUUCCACCCUCUCAUCGCGGUGACCAUGACAACUCCUAAUAACCCGCAACAGCGUGCUGGAUGAUGAGUCAGUCAACAGACGCAGAGGAGUGACGACGGCGGGCACGGCGGUGGAAAUGAGAAAAGGGGACAGUGGAAAAAAAAAAACCAAAACCCCCCCAACUCACCUGCACCUGAAAGGGAGGAGUCUGGAUUUCCCUCUGUGGCACACAAAUGAUCAACAGGGAUGUAUGAUUUUAACCGAAUCUUUUGAAAACAGUGUUCAGUUUUCCAUCCUCCCGUCUCUCUCUCUCUCUCUCUUUUUUUUUGUUUUUAACAAUUUGCAGUCAUCCUCUGUUGUGACAUUACCAAGGAACAAAAAUCGGGCACCAAAAACUGCUCACGAACCAGACUGAAGGCUCUGCGAUGACUUUAACUGUGAUCUAAGGUGGAAAUACAAAGUCACGCUGGCACUAAGGGACAGAGACACUGAUCUGCUUGUGUGCAGGCCGAGGUAGGACUGGGCUGAAAGCCUUGCGCGUGAGCAGACUACGUGACAAUCACAAUAACCUUUAUUGAUCUUGCGUUUGACAUUCUAAAAGUCUUCCAUGUUAUUCUUUCACACUCGGUUUACUGUACUAGCAGUAGUGCAAAGGAUGAAUGCCUGUUUGUCAUUCCCAGUUGUUCAGUGUGUAUACUGUGAUUGAAAAAGACUUUGACAAUCUUGAAAGGACUAUGCAAUGCGUCUGUAGGUGUAUGCAAUGCUUUGUAUAACUGGAUUCUGCACAAAACUCCACACACUUGUACACUGUCAGUGAAAACAGCUGCCUGUAAAUAAAAGAAAAGCACAUUGGGUGUAAGAGUGACAAAAUAUGCCAAAGUAUAGGAGCUUCGAUUGCAGCUGCGUGUCUCAUAAGCUACUCUGCCACAUUUGUAAUCUUGGCCUUGCCUCAGUCGUCGAGGGAAGGACUGAGUCACUGACUCUAAAUGUGUCCCUUCCCCUUCAGGAAACCUCUGACUGUUGUUUGCACAUAGAUUCAGGUGAAUUUCAGGAAUGGGACCCGCCCUCUCUUUAUCUCUCCCACGUCCUUCUUCAAUCCGAAAUAGUACAAAUAUUGUUAAUAACUCCUCAUCAUAAAAUAUAUAUCACAGGAUCCCCCCCCCCUUGAGUAGAAUGAUAAUAAUGUCAAGUAUUCAGAAACAAAACAAACAUAAAAGUCAGACAAUGUUGUGACAGGAACGGCUCUAAUCAUUGCAGGAUUCCAGAAAGGCUGAGAAAUGUCGGGGAGAGGAGCAGCUGCUGUGGGUACAGACGCCCACGCUAACAGUAUUAAGGUUUGUUCAGAGAGAUACCAAAGUGGGGUUCAUGCAAAUUUGAUAUCCCUCCCUCCAGCAUCCUUCUUUCUCCCCUCCUCCUUCCCCUCUCUCAUAGGUGGAUACCUCUGAAUCACCUCUUACUCAGUCAUACCAUUAAUUUUGUGUGCCAAAAUUCCAAAAUCUUGCUUUUGCUCUCUGUCUGAACACACCGUCGCAGGCUCAUUAGCUGGACAAUAGUGAACCAAAUUUAGCACCAACCAUGAGUUUUCUUCUUGCUUUAAGAACCUGUGAGACAAAAAAGGCAUUUAUGCAAACACAACUGGCAUGUAAGACGUGGCAGAUCCAGUCUCCUGUUCAAUAUUAGGUCAUAAUAUUGUUAUUAUUAUGUCAUUGGUUUGUGACUGUUAUAGGCAUAUUUACUGCCGUCUGAUCAGAAGGCACUCGUACUUGUUUGACAGGACAUGAUUUUCUUUUCCUCCUAAUGUAUUAUUUUUGUAUAAAAUCGAAAUCAAUCUUAAAUCAUUAUUUAUACUUUGUGAGAAAAUAUUGGUAUUUCAAGUAAAAUGUGUUCCUUUUUUCAAACUGA